UCUUCCAUAGGUCUUCCUCCAGGCGGAGAGGAGCACACAGGAGGCUGGUUCCGCCCAGAGAGGAGAGGCUGGAGCGCCAGCUGCUCUCCGGCUGAUGACGCAGCACCAGGUGGAGGAAGGAGGGGGGCGCUGGAAAAAAAACACUUCGACGACAGCGAACGCAACACUCCGCUGACAGCUCUCCGGCAGACAUCAGCUUCACCGCCAGCUCCGGCUCCUUCACACGGAGUUCAUCCGGAGAAACGGCCGCAUCCACCGGCUACCGGCCGGUCCUGCUCCCGGUGUGGUUCUAUGCUCGAGGAAUCUCUCUCCUGGAGGCUUUAUAACGGCUGCAGGCGGGUCUUCAAGCGGUGUAUUAACUUGAGAGAGGAGGUUGUCAUGACAACGAGGCCUCAGAUCCACUACUGCCGCUCACCCAACAUGGAGGACUUCUCCUGCUGGUGGCAUCCGCUGGACAACCUGACGGAGGGAGAGCAGGUCACCUACGUCCUUACAUACUCUAAAGAUAAGGGGCCCAAACACGAGUGUCCGGACUACGUGAGCGCCGGCGCCAACAGCUGCCACUUCGACAGCAGCCACACGUCCAUUUGGAAGAUCUACUGCUUGAACGUGACCGCCGUCACCGCCCACAGGAACUACACUUCCCAGGAGCACUGCCUGGACGUAGCAGAGAUAGUUCAGACCGAAGCUCCGGUGAAUCUGACCUACGUGCUGACGGAUGCCGGCGGGGAUGAAUUGGGCCACAACGCGCUGCUGUCAUGGACGUACCCGGUGCCCUCGGACCUGCAGUACGGCUGGAUCACGCUGGUGUACGAGCUGCAGUACAGGCGGGUCACUGACAGCGACAACUGGAAGGUGAAGCAUCCUGUGCGGGAGCCUCACGUGGAGCUGCUUGGCCUCCCCGUUGGAGACUACGUGGUGCGAGUUCGCUGCCGCUCGCACAACUACGGCCUGUGGAGCGACUGGAGCUCCACGCUGCUGAUGAGCAUCCCCGCCAGGCCGCCUGCUGGUAAACUCCUGGUGCUGAUUCUGGUGACAGGAGUCGGGGUCGUGGCUCUGCUGAUUGUCGCCUUCGGUAUCGUUCCACAAAGCAAGAGAAUAAAAGACUACUUCCUGCCGCCCAUCCCAAAGCCGCGGAUCCUCGGCAUCGACCCACUGCUCCUGAAGAAGGGGAACUUGGAGGAAGUCAACCGUCACUUCAGUAACUUCCACAGCUACAGACCUCCGAGCUACACCGAGGAGGUUUGGGAACACGUGAGCGCCAGUGACGUCUAUCUGGCCCAGGCGGAGGAGUGCAGCGUCCCGGCCAAGCCCACGGACCGGGAGAGGGACGCCCUGAUGGCUCCAUGUGGCAGCGUGACGCCUGUGGCCGCCCAUCACAAGCUCACAGCCCAACAGCUGACGUUGUACGUGCAUAGCCUGCCGCCCUACUGCUCCUUGCCGCCCGACGCCUUCGCCCCGUCGCUGGACAUGUCUGCGCCGUGGCCGAGGCCAGAGAUCGUGUCUCUGCCGGGGACGGAGUACAGCGUGAUGGGACAUCCACGCCUCCCUGCUCCUGACGCUGCUCCUGAUGCCACCAGCCGCUCGCCGCAGGACUUCUACACCUGCGUGCAGCUCAUGAAUGAAAGCGGCGAGGUGCACCUGGUGCCCUGCCUGCCGCCGCCGGCGUACCGCCGCGAGUUCCCGCCUCUCCCCAGGUCCAAAUCAGAUGCACGGGAGAAGGAGGCGAAGAAGAAGAAGCUGGCCGACAGCCAAGCCAGGACAGACGUGAUGAAAGACGGAGGCGAGGCUGAGAGAGGCGAGGCGGCGGUCCCUCUGCUGCCUGUUGCGGUCGAUAACAAAGGCUGAGCCACAAAAACAGAAAUACUGUGAAGCCGUGGUCGGAGUGAGAAGAGCACCUGGGGGUCUUUAAAGUGCCCAUAUUAUACUAUAUUAUUAUACUUU